AUGGACGACUUCCGAGAACAGCUGAAAAGCACCGGCAAUAGCAGCGUCCGGCCCGAUAUGGAGCUGUAUGCGCAGAUAUCGUUUCGAGACAUGUUCAACCAGCCAAUUCCGUUUGUGACGCCGACCGCAUUCGUCGCCCUUGUGUGCUAUACGAACGACACGUUCGGUGUACCGUUUACGACUGACUAUCGUCGGGUCAACUGGGAUUGGCUGUACGAGUUCCCUUCAGGCAAAGAGUUCUGGGUAGAAGCAUACGAACGCGUGAGCAACCUGGCCCCCAAGUACUACUGCAAAAAUAAAGAUCGAUCAUUGUCGGUCACUAUGGAUACCGACUUGCAAUACGGAUUCUGUAAUACGUUGACGAGCUUCUCUGAUGGAUUGAAUAAAUGUAAAGUUGGUCAGUAUUGCUUGGUCGACAAGAGCGACGAUGACCGUUUGAAAUGUGUCGAUGAAAUACCAACCUUUCUGUGCGAGGCAAGCUUCAUGAUGUGGAAGUAUGCGUGCUAUCCUUUCGGCAGAUGCCUCCCGAUUUGUGAAAGAAAGAUGACCAAAUAUGUCGCUUACUUAUCCUCAAGUUCUUCUCCCCAAGAAUACCUGUCCCUCGUACAGGUGACCAUGGUCAACGGCGAGGAACAGCAAAUUCACUAUUACGCUGGCCAGUACGUCAAAGUCGCUCCAAACAAUGGCCACAGCUGGACAAGUAUCAAGUUUCGGCUGGCUGUGGCUAAGAGUGGACAAGGCUUGAACAUUACGUGUUACGUAUUGUGCAGGCCGAAGGAGAGCCACCAUGAUGACCGAAAAGUCGCCAAGAACCUGAUCAUUCAUUCACUGCUGAUAGACGAAGUGGAAUUCAAGGGCGCAGGUCGUCUAGUGUUCGACUUAGGAAUGCCUUGCUACCACGAAGAGAUAUUCCGCGUCGGUUGCUUCAUGAAGGAACCUUCGAUGCUGACGUACAUCAACGGGGUUUCGUUCGGUAAUUACUUUCUUUCAGGCGUCAUUCAUUUUCGAUGACC